UAGCAGUUCUUUUUGGUUACCCAUAUGAGAUGUAACGUGGUGCUGGUGACCCGCCCUGGUUCUGUUGCAAGCAAUACUCUGCAAUUGCCCGGGAGCCGGCGUUUGGUCUCUUCCCUUGCCGUGGCCCGCCUCCUCCUACUUCGGCAGCCGAGCCUUACUCUCCAAAGGGCUCCCAAAAGAGGUGCAAAGGCCCCUGGAGCUGCAAAGAAGGAACCAGAGAAGGUUGUGAACCCUUUGUUUGAGAAGAGACCAAUGCAAUUUGGGAUUGGUGGUGCAUUACCACCAAAGAAGGAUUUGACCAGAUUUGUGAAGUGGCCGCAUGUUGUUCCUAUUCAGGGGAAGAAAAGGAUUCUGAAGCAACACUUGAAGGUACCUCCAGCCAGUAACCAGUUCACCAAGACCCUUGAUAAGCAGCUUGGUAGGUUACAACUCAGCUAAGUGGUUGCGUGGAGAAUAUUGAAGUUAGUGUUGCUGUUUUGCAUCCAGAUAUGCCUUCUGUUGUACUGAUUGAUAUUGAUCUUUGCUGGUGUUUUGCUUUACGGCUUCAAAUCUGUUCAA